CUGAAACCUUCAAUUUGGAGUCCAGGGGGGCUUACAAAAGUUUCAUACAUUUUUCUAUAUAUUAAAAGGAAAAAAAUAAAGAAAAGAAAUUAAAAGAAGCCCCGCUAGAGCUCUCAGAAAAAAUGGGGGAUGACAAAAAGAAAAAGAUCGCCGUCUUUACGGUAUCUUCAGUAAUGUUGGUUGCUAUGGUUGUUGCAGUUACCUUUGGUGUUACCAACCACCUCAAAAAUAACCAUCCUAGUGAUGAGGGUAAUCAUGCUCCUCCAGCUGAUGCACAUACUUCUAACAAGGCCAUUGAAGCCAUUUGCCAACCCACUCAAUAUAAACAAGCUUGUGUUGAUAACCUCAGCAAGGCAGCCGGAAACACUACAGAUCCUAAAGAACUCAUUAAGAUUGGGUUCAACGUUACGUUGGAUCAUAUUCGUGAAGCUUUGAGUCAUUCAGGGACAUUGUUGGCAUUGGAGAAGGAGCCAAAUGCGAAACUCGCUCUUCAAAACUGUCAAGAGCUUAUGGAUUACGCGAUUGAUGAUCUUGUUAACUCGUUCGACCAGUUGGGUAAUUUGGACCUCAGCAAGAUCGAUGAUGCCGUUGAAGAUCUUAAAGUUUGGUUGGCUGCUGCUUUAACAUAUGAAGACACAUGCUUGGAUGGGUUCGAAAACUCGACUAGCAAGGCAGGGCAAUCCAUGAGGGAUGCAUUGAACGCAACUCAAGAGUUGACCAACAAUGGAUUGGACAUGGUUUCCCAAAUCUCCAAGAUUAUUGGAUCAUUGCAGAUCCCAUUGUUUAACCGUAGGUUGAUGUCAGAAGAAGAGGAAUUGGAAAUUCCACCAUGGGCAACCGCCGGGCAACGCAGACUUCUCAAAGUUGACGUCAACACAAUCAAGCCCAACGCUGUUGUGGCACAGGAUGGGAGCGGUCAGUUCAGGACAGUUAAGGAUGCACUUCAGACAGUGCCUGUCAAGGGCAAGGAACCUUUCGUUAUCCACGUUAAGGCCGGAGUCUAUAAGGAAUAUGUUAAUCUCACAAAGUCGAUGACCAACGUGAUAUUGAUCGGAGACGGCCCGACAAAAACCAAGAUCACCAACAACCGUAACGUAAUGGAAACCGGAAUGAACACAUUUGCUUCUGCAACAUUCAGUGUCGUUGGAUACGGUUUCAUGGCUAAGGACAUUGGGUUCGAGAACACUGCUGGUGCAGCUAACCAUCAAGCUGUGGCUUUGAGGGUAUCUGGAGAUAUGUCCAUCCUCUACAAUGUCCAGAUCGAUGGUUACCAAGAUACCCUAUAUGCACACGCCAAACGUCAGUUUUACAGAGAUUGUACCAUCUCCGGAACAGUAGAUUUCGUCUUUGGAAACGCAGUGGCAUUGUUCCAGAACUGCAAAUUUAUAGUGAGGAAGCCAAUGGAAAACCAAGCAAACAUGGUUCUAGCCAGUGGAAGGAAAACAGAAAACGAUCCUGGUGCACUCAUCCUCCAAGACUGUGUCAUCGAGGCUGAACCAGCGUUGUUCCCUGUCAGGAAGACACUGAAAUCCUACUUGGGUCGUCCAUGGAAAGCAUACGCUAGACACGUAAUCAUGCACACUGAAAUCGGCGACUUGAUUGACCCUCAGGGUUGGCAUGAAUGGAUGGGUGAUUUUGGUAUCAACACUUGUUACUUUGUGGAGUUCGAAAACAAAGGACCUGGUGCUGUAUUGACUGGAAGAAUCAAGUGGCCUGGUAUCAAGACCGGCACAGUUACUGCGGAACAACUUAAAGAAUUUACCGCUACUUCCGCAAUCAUGAAGGGUGGUCAGUUUAUCACUAGUUCUGGUAUCCCAUUCAAAGCUGGACUGUGAUGUGCUUGAUAUAUCAAAUUCUAAGAUAUAUACAUAAUCACAAAACAUACAAAUGAAGAUGAAGUGUGAAAAGAAAAUAUACUGAAUGUGUGUACCAAUUGUUCAAACACAAUAAAACUACUGUUGUAUACUAGAGAAAGAGAAAGAGAAUUCAUAAUCACCGGGACUUUUUUUGUUCCUUGCUUCAAAUUUUUCCAUAGGAAUUGAAUUGUUAUCACCUGUCAAUGUAUACAUUUCAGAUGUGACUAAUUGUUACUCAUUUCCAAAGUCAAGACUUUGCCAAGUUA